AUGAUCUGCAAGGUAUGGUGGGGCUCCGAUCAAAAGAUCGCAAUAUUAUUCUUCAGAUCAUAUGUUAGAUCUAUCCUUGAUUAUGGCAGCAUAUUCUAUGGCUCUGCCAGUAAAAAUCUCCUUCAUGUGCUAGAUAUAACUCAGAAUAAAUUUCUCAGGAAAUGUCUUGGAGCAAUGCAAUCGUCACCAGUCGGACCUUUGCGAGCAGAAGCACAGGAGCCUCCUUUACAUCUUCGAAGGCAAAUGUUAUCUAGCAGAUUUCUACUUAAGGUACAACACGCGGACAGCCACUUACUGAGCAAAAUUCAUCGUCUAAACACCAUGGACUUGACAUGCAAAUAUUGGACCAAAAGAAACUCCCCGCCUCUAUGCAGCGCCAUACAAUAUGCCAACAGAAUACAACCAACCUCUCAUAGCCAACGAUUGAUCCAAGAUAUAAGUUACUUUCAUUUACUAUCAGGAUUUGAUAUUAGAGUACCAGCUUACAAGCAACAACCACACCACAUUCAGAACCUACUUCGAGAAGUGCAGAGUAAAUUAGCAGGUGAUGCAUUCAUUUACACCGAUGCAUCGAAGUCGGCGACAGGAACGGGAUGCGCUCAUUAUAUUCCUUCAAUAGAUAUUUUUUCCAUGUUUAAACUACCAAAUGAAUUCACGAUUUUUUCUGCAGAAGCUAUUGCUAUAUUCCAAGCCCUACAGUUUGUAGAGGACCACAAUCUUGGUAACACGUCUAUAUUCUCGGACUCCCUCUCUGUUGUCAGUAGUUUAAAAAACGGCAGUCCUUUCGAUAUGCAAAAUAUACACUUAUUCAACAUAAGAUGGAAAAUAAGUCAGCUAAAACAACGAGGCCUCAGGAUUACACUAGUUUGGGUGAAGGCCCACUCUGGGAUAAUACACAACGAAAAAGCUGACGAUCUAGCAAAUAUGAGUAUAACAUCUUAA